AUGAAGUUCAGUGCUUCGUGCCUGUUCGCUGUCUUUGCUGGGCUAUCUGCGGCCCAGUGGGACAACAACUCAACCGCUCCGAUUGAACUUGCGCCUGCACCAUGGACUUUGAAGGGUACUGUCUACUCCAUCACCCUGGUCCCUCUGUCGGAUGACCUUCCGAACAAGGCAUUUCCACCUUUGGAGCGACAGUAUGCUUCGGCUACUGAGGGCGAGUAUCUGGGUAUUUUGGGAAUGAUUCAGAUCAUUCGAUACAGCGAGAGCCCUGUCGGACCGUAUGAUGAACUGCUCAUUGUGCCUGGGUUCUUCAAGUACAACCACACCAACGCCGAGGGUGAACGCGAAGAGAACAAGAAUGUCAGGGUCAGCCGCAUCUAUGUCAGCCAGAAGUACACCUGCUGGAACGGAAGAACGAACUGGAACAUCCCAAAGCAUUUGGCUCGUUUUGACUGGACUGAGAAGGAGAAUGGUGAAACCACGGUCAAAAUCUACCCGCAUGAUACCACGGGCGAUCUGAGCGAAUCUAUGCCCGCGAAGAAGCCUUGGUUCAAGGCUUCAUUCAAGCCAGACUUGGUGAACGGUUUGCCUUUCAGCACCGAUCUGUACAAGAUACUCGGAGUCAACGCGACCCUGGCACAGCCGCCUUUGCCGUCCGCAAACAGUACCUAUGGAGAACUGGCAGGUACGGAUCACUGGGCGGCCACUGUGCCAGGCCAGGUCACUGACAGCGCGUCUUUGGGCGUUUAUGACCUGGAUCAAGGAGAUGGGGACGUUGAAGAGGGCAAGAACACCAACGCGGUAGGCGAUGAGUACUUCCCAAACUUCUGGCCAGGACUUUUGCGUUUCAAUGCAGGAAUCAAACUCGAGAACGCGACCAUCACUUUCAGUGAACCCGAGAUUUGGUCCAACUGA